UCCAUGUACCCUUUAUGAAAUAAGUAGCAUUGAAGUUAGUAAUAACUAUGGAGUACAACAGUCCAACUUUCUUUCAGAUUAUUUAUUUAUACAUUUUCUUGUCUUUGUAUGUAUGUCUUGUAUAGCUAUUGUAAAAGGUUCCAUUCCUUUGCAACUGUUUGAUUUCACCUUUGACUUUUUUUUGAACUUUGUUCUAGUUGCAUUUAGUGAACAAUCAAGAACAAGAAAUUUUGCAGCCUAUGCUUGUUUGACACAUAGUUAUAUCCUUCUUAACCCCCACCCCCUAACCCCAUCUCUCAAAUUGUAUCAAUUGCUUACUGGAAUUAUGAAGAUGAUGGUGGAAAAUAUUGAGAAGAAAUUUGAUGCAGAAGAAGUGAUUGAGGAUUUUGAGGUGUUGACUAAAGAUGCUGGUAGAAUUCAAGAAGAGACACUUGAAAGAAUUCUUGAAGAAAAUGGGGGAACAGAGUAUUUGAAGCAGUGGGGUCUGAAUGGCAGAACUGAUGUUGAGACUUUCAAGGCUUGUGUCCCUAUUGUCAAUCACAAUGAUUUGGACCCUUACAUUCAAAGAAUUGCUGAUGGUGAUCUUUCUCCUAUUCUUACUGGAAAGCCCAUUGAAACAAUCUCCUUGAGUUCUGGUACUACUCAAGGGAAGCCAAAGUUUGUACCUUUCAAUGAUGAAUUAAUGGAUUCCACCAUGCAGAUAUUCAAGACUUCUUUCGCUUUUAGGAACAGAGAAUUUCCAAUUGGGAAUGGGAAGGCUUUGCAGUUUAUUUAUAGCAGCAAGCAGUUUAAAACUAAAGGUGGUUUGGUAGCUGGAACAGCCACUACCAAUGUGUAUAGAAAUGAAAAAUUCAAAAAGACAAUGAAGGCAAUGUCUACCCCAUGUUGUAGUCCCGAUGAAGUAAUAUUUGGUCCUGAUUUUCAACAAUCUUUAUACUGCCACCUUCUGUGUGGUCUCAUUUUCCGCGAUGAAGUUCAAGUUGUUUCGUCUACAUUUGCACAUAGCAUUGUCCAUGCUUUUCGAACUUUUGAACAAGUAUGGGAAGCACUUGUUGUUGACAUAAGAGAGGGAGUCUUAUCGAGCAGAAUCACUGUCCCGUCUAUAAGAUUAGCCAUGUCAAAAUUGUUGAAGCCUGAUCCAGAACUGGCUGAUAUAAUUUAUAGCAAAUGCUCAAGUUUAAGCAAUUGGUACGGCUUGAUUCCUGAACUCUUCCCGAAUACAAAGUACAUAUACGGUAUCAUGACAGGUUCCAUGGAGCCUUACUUGAAGAAACUGAGGCACUAUGCAGGGGAAUUACCUCUAUUGAGUGCUGAUUAUGGUUCUUCUGAAGGAUGGGUCGGAGUAAACGUGAACCCAAAAUUCCCCCCUGAGAUGGUUACUUAUGCAGUGUUACCAAAUAUUGGUUAUUUUGAAUUCCUUCCACUCGAGGAAAAUCUCAUUGGCAUGGAGCAAGCAAAUUCUCCAGUCGGUCUGACUGAAGUAAAACUUGGUGAAGAGUAUGAAAUUGUCUUCACCAAUUUUGCAGGUUUAUAUCGUUAUAGACUAGGUGAUGUGGUCAAGAUAAAAGGAUUCCACAAUGGCACUCCAGAACUCCAGUUUGUCUGCAGAAGGAACCUUUUGCUGAGCAUUAACAUAGACAAGAACACUGAGAAAGAUUUGCAACUAGCCGUGGAAGCUGCAGGCAAGCUCUUAGUUGACGAAAAACUAGAAGUGGUGGACUUCACGAGCCAUGUCAACGUCUCAGCUGAUCCAGGGCACUACGUGAUAUUCUGGGAACUGAGUGGGGAAGCAACUGAUGAAAUGUUGCAAGACUGCUGCAACUGUCUUGACAAAUCAUUCAUCGAUGCAGGCUACGUGAGCUCUCGGAAAGUGAAUGCAAUUGGAGCACUUGAACUGAGGAUUGUGAGGAGGGGAACAUUCCAUAAGAUAUUGGAUCAUUUCGUAGGAUUAGGAGGCGCGGUGAGCCAGUUCAAAACCCCUAGAUGUGUUGGUCCAAAAAAUAGCUCAUUGAUCCAAAUACUGUAUAGUAAUGUUGUUAAGAGCUAUUCCAGUACUGCCUUCUGUUAAAUUAUAUGCAUCUUGAAAGAUUUGUAGCCCUGCUGGGCAUUAUUAUCUUUUAUAAUAGCAUAACAUCUAUGUUGUUUUUAUUGGACUAA